AUGAGGACUCAAACUACGAUUCUCUUGCUGCUUGUCACCUGGACGUGCAUCGACGGCUACCGUCCUGUCGUCAUUGUUCAUGGCAUCUUUGACGGACCAAAGCAGUUCAAAACCCUGGUUCUCUUUAUUAACAAGACACAUCCUGGCACAGAGGUGACAGUGGUGGACAUGUACAAGAACAUGUGCAGUCUCAAGCCACUGUGGAAGCAAGUGCAAGCUUUCCAGCGUGCCAUCGAGCCUAUCAUCAGGAAAGCUCAUGACGGCGUUCACCUACUCUGCUUUUCGCAAGGCGGUCUAAUAUGUAGAGCCCUCCUUUCCACCAUGCCCGACCACAACAUCCACACCUUUAUUGCGCUGUCGUCACCCCUGGCCGGGCAGUUUGGAGACACGUACUACCUGCGACAGGUAUUUCCCGACUGCGUGAAGGACACCGUCUUCCUAGUUUGCUACAACAGAGUGGGACAGAGGGUGUCCAUUUGCCAGUACUGGAACGACCCUCACCACCGGUCCAGUUACUUGAAGAACAACAGGUUUCUCCCACUGCUCAAUGGUGACAUACCUCACAACAACAUGACAUCCUGGAAACAGAACUUUCUGCGCAUCAAGAAGCUAGUGUUGAUUGGCGGACCGGACGAUGGCGUCAUCACUCCGUGGCAGUCCAGCCACUUUGGAUUCUACGACACCGAAGAGCUCGUAGUGGAAAUGCAGAACCAAGAGUUUUACAGGAAUGACACCUUUGGACUUAAGACGCUGAGCUCUCGAGGUGACAUUGCACUGUGCCUCCGUCCCGGUGUCAAGCACACACAUUGGCAUUCCAACUUCACUGUGUUCACUGAGUGCAUUGAAAAAUGGCUAACAUGA